UAGUGCCACCAAAAUGCAUUUGUAUAAUGAUACCCAGUAUUUUCAAUAUCUGGUUUAUCCUAGGUUUAGUAUAAUUAGAUGGAUAGAAUUCAUAUUAUGUUUGGUGUGUCUUAUCUUAGCAAUCAUGGUAUUUCGUUCCAACGUGUACAUAUUAAUAAAAGUAGUAACUAUAUCAGUAUCAGCAGCUUUCGCUUUCAUAUGUUUUUUUGACGUCAUAGCAUGGCUGUUCCGCUCCCCAAUUGGUUAUGCAGCUUGGUUGAUGAUAUCUCUAUCAGCCUUUCUCUUUUUCUGCCUUUGCGGAGGUUGUAUAUUUUUUCUGAGGAGAGUAACCAUGGUGUAUUAUUUUUAUGCUAUGGGAUUCUUUUUCCUCGCCACUGCCCUUGCAUUUUUAUUCGAUUACAUUUGGAUGGCACUAGAAUAUAUCAAUUUAAGACGUUGCAUACCAGUUCCCAGAUCCACAAGUAGAUUGGACAGAGGAGUUUCCACAUGUUGUGUAUGCAAGUAUGACAUUGAGCCUUGUCCUAAAAGAAAACCUCCAGAAAAUCAAACUACAACUUCUGAAAGAACUGCCAGAAAAAUCAUAUACCCUUCAUCCAAUGUUGUAUCUAAUAGGAGUAUUACACCUGGUUCAAAGAAGAGUCAUAAGUGUGGUGUAUGCCCACGAAAAAAACAAGAACAUUCUGCUGGUUCCAACACUGCUACUUCAGUUUCUAUUAAUCAAAGUACUCAAGUUUUAGUUCCCAGGAACAAACCCAGAUCACCGCAAACACUUCCUCAAAUGCCAAUGACAACACUAGAUGCAGAAAUACAAGAAGAAGAAUAUCAAUUGCCGUUUUUUAAAAGUGAUAUCACAGAUUAUCCUGGUCCACCGUAUUAUUUGUGCAAUAUACUGGAAAAAAGAAAUAUUCCGUCAAAGUAUUACUCAACUCUAGAUACAGUAGUAGAAAAAGAAUCUGCAGAAACCAGUUCUAAAGGUGAAUUUUCUGAUAUGGAAAAUGGAAGCGGAUGCUCUUCUGCGAGAUCGAAAGAAUCGUCCAGGUCAUAUCAAACAUCGGCAGCCUCUUCAAUAAAAAAACUAUUCCAGUCUAAUGCAGUAGUGUUUGACUACCAACAUACAUCUCCCACUGAAGGGGCGCAUGAAAUAAAACUUUUCAAUGAAAUAUCCGAAAUGGGCAGAAAUAUGCAGUCAUUAGAAAUUAAACGUAGUGUAGAGACUAUAGAAAUCAAAAGAAAAGUAGAUACACCGGAGCUUCGGAGGAUAAAAGGGUCAGGCGAUUCAAAUGAAGAUACGCAUUCAUAUUUGUAUUCGAGCUAUAAACAUGAAAUUUUACCACGAAAGAUAGAACAAACAUCGCAGUGCAAUAUUGAGCCAGUUAAAAACAAUCUGCCCAGUAGAAUUCCAAUUAGACCAGAAAGCAGAAGUGCAUUGAAAGUCCCAACAAUUGUUGAUAAAAAACCGUCGUCCUCACCUGGAUUCGCCAGUAGAUUACGUUUACGACCAGAAACAAGAGUUUUUCCGUGUACAGACAAUGAAAAAACUAGAAUGGAACUCAGCACAUCGCAAGAUAGAGCUAGGUUACCUUGGUUUAAGCAGGAAAAAUAUGUGUCAAACAGAUCACCAAGAAAUGAGUCAUCACAAAAAAAUGAACAGUGUGAUAUGAGACUUUCACGACUAAAAAGUCCAGCCCGAUUCAAUUUCUCUCCGCGAAAGAUGGGAGCUGAAUCGAGUGAUAGUUUUCCAUCUAGCGGCGGAGAUAUGGGAAUUGGGACCAUCGACAAAAAAUGUCCCACCUGUCAUUCAUUACUUAAACAUAGUCCACAAAGCAGCAUAGAAAAGAAACUAUCGGGAAUUUCGUCAACCAUUAAUUCAGUGGACUCAGAGAGGCAAGUAGCUUUCAAGACAUACAUGGACGGAAAUUGCAUACAUAAGACAAAUCUCGGAACAGAAGGAAGGUAGUGGAUGUAAUUGUGGAAUAGAAAUUAAAGAAUAGCAUCAAAACGACUUCAGUGGGAAGAGAUUUUGGAAUUUGUCGUAAUGUUAGACUUAAUAGAUAUAGAGAUCUAAUAUUGUAUAUUGUAUAAAAAAAGUUUAAUCGUUCAAGGUAUCCCAUCAAUAAAAUAAACACUCAAAUUUGGACAAAAAUAUUUGAAUAUUAUAUAUCCCAGUAUAAUUAAUUUCAAUUCCUCAUGAUUGCUGAGAACUUUUACAUAAAAAAUAAAUAUUCAUCUUUAUUAUAUAACUAAUAUAAUUUAAUAAUAACGUCGGUGGUGGGACACCUUGAACAAUACGUUAAGAUUACUGCAUUUUCAGAUUAUCUAAUUGUAUUUUACAACACAAAAUUUGUUUUUGAUAAAACGUUAUUUUUAUAUAUCAAGUGUUUUCAAUA